AGUAGGCGAUUCUCAAACUGGCAAAUUUAAAUUAAGUUCAAAAUUAUGUCUUUCUCAUAAUACAUCUUAAAAUUCAACUAACAUGACUUAUUCAAAUACAUGACCAUUAUGAUAUACACAUUAUGAUAUAUACAUAGCCUUUGGGAUUUCUUACAGGAGUUUUCUCUAUACCACGCAUAUUGGAGUUUGGGCGGAGGUGGCAUAUAAAUUAGCUGAGCCUAUAACAAGAAGUUCACAAAAAAAGGCAAAUAGCUCAAACAUUAGAUUUGAAAAUGAAACACUAGUCAGCGCUUAUGAUAACUGCUUUGUUUCCCAAAGACAAUAUGAUAACGCAAUUUGACGAGGCAUUUUUUUUUUUUUUGCCCGACUGGUCAACUCACUUUGUCAUGCAUAUAAAAAACAUAUUGACCGAAAAUAUACCUAAAAGAAUCGAUUAACGGAAUCUUGGCUUCUCCCGGAAAAUAGUAAUAAAGUGCAUAAUAUUGAUGUUGAAUGUAACCCUGCAGUAUAUACAUCGGUCAACAUAAUAUCGAGUCAGCCUCUGAAGCUCCCAAAGAUCAAGGAUGGCAUUACCUGUAGCAAACGUGAAUUUGCUUAGGCGGCUGAAUAUAUAUUCUGUCAAAAUUGAAAAUCUUGCUUUGCGCACGGGAAUCGUAGUUGCUGUAAUUAUGGCCACAAAACGCUAUAAUAUUUGGGAUUCAUCGGAUGAAACGCAAGAGGUUUAUAAUUCAACAAUCAGGUGGAUCAGUCCGUAUGCCAAACAAACUUGUGAUUAUCUAAACAUACAAUUACCAUCACUACCUCCUCAAAGAGAAAAAUCCUUUCUUGGUGUUUACUAUUAUAAUCAAACAGUUAAGACGUUAGUUGACUUACUUAACAUGUUUCCUACGUACAUAUAUGGUAUCUUAGAACGGAUACCUAGCGUGACAAACGAUAUAGCAAGCUGCAUUCGAGAGCAAUACCAUAAGCAUCAAACAGAAAGUGAGAAAAAGAAAGCAUUAGAAAAAGAAAAGAAUGAACGAAAAAUUCGAAUUGACGAAAGGGCACUUGUGCAGACUAUUGAGCCACACCCAGAUGUAGACUCUAAAUGUCAAACAAAAAAUCAUACGGAUCAUAAAGAUACACCCAUAACCUCUUCUAUUAAAGAAACUUGUCCAAGAAAUAAACCUAGAGAUCACGCUACUACUUUUAGAAAAAAAACUUGCCCAAAAACUUCGAUUGGUCCCCCUUGUGAUCAACAAAAUCAAAAGAACAGCAACGAAUUGGAUAAACAGUGCAAGUGCCCCAAGUGCACAAUCAGAGAAUCAACUGCCUGGUCGGAUAAUAAGCCCAAGUGCCCAAACCGCAACACUACCAUCCUAACCGAACCAAAUGAGGUCGAAAAAGAGAUUUCCAAAAAAACGGAAUCCUAGUGACUGAUUCAAUUUACAUCAAAAGAACUUGCAUAACCCUAUCGCAGAGCAGGGAUAAGAGAGUCCAACAAGAGAGUCGACCCUAACUAUAAGAACAAAUUAUAAUUAAGCUAUAUACACACCUUUGAUAUAGCUAACAACAGUCGGGUGUUUCUCUUGUCGUACUUCUUGUCCAUUUACCUAAAAGAUAAAAUAGAAGAAACAUUUCAAAAUUUUGUAAGAAAAUACAUUUUAUAUAAUAGUA